UGGACCGUGUCACGUCUCAAUGAAAAAUCUUGCCUUGUGGUCAAACGUGACUGAUUUUCACGGACUUGGCUUUAAAGAAGGAAAAAAUGGACGUUUUCCAAAACUUUUAAAGGAUUAUGCAUUUGAAAGUGAAAUUCAAAGUCUGGCAAGCUUGAGAGCCUUAUCGCUUGAUAGCAAUUUCACCCUAGCUAUAUUGGAUGCACUCUCCGAAAUUACGGGUGUAAGGUCGAAAAUGGCAGAACUCGCGUUGACAAAUCUCUCACUCAAAAGAAUGCCAGAGAAACUACAAACAGUAAUGCCUGGACUACAAACACUCGACCUACGAUUUAAUAAAUUGACCCAGCCACCCAUCUUUCCCUGGAAUAAUACCGCUUUAAAGUUUCCUCAUGGUUUAAUAGGAGCGAAAGGGUUAAAGGUAAAGACACUUGGAGGUAGUGACGUCGAUGCGGACAAUUAUGUGCGUAGUUUAAGACUAGAUGGCAAUAUCAUUCAAGAUUUAUCGUUGCACGAGUUCCACGGAUUUCUGCACAAACUUUCACUUACCAGAAAUGGUUUGCAAACAAUUGGAGCGACAAGCUUUCAGAAUUUGAGCGGAAUUCAGGCGAUCGAUAUCAGUAAGAACAAUAUUCAAGAACUCCCAUCCCAGUUGUUCCAUGGCUUAAACUCUCUGACCGAAAUUCAGCUGCAUGAGAAUAACUUAUCUGUUGUUCCGGCGGAAUUAUUCAGAGGCUCAGAAAAUAUCAUGAAAAUUACUUUGGGACAUAACAAGAUCAGGAAAAUCGCUGGUGGACUGUUUAACUCCUCCAAAAGACUUCUGAUUCUACAUUUAGAAGGGAACAGAAUCAAAACAAUCGAAGAAGGUGCUUUUUCAAAUAGUUUACGAGAGGUUUACCUUCAAAAUAACGUUCUCUCCUACUUUCCCAUUUCUUUAUUUCGCCUUCAAAAUGUGUCAAAAAUAGAUCUCUCUUUUAACGCGUUAACCUUUCAAGAUCUUAUCAAUCUUGUAGAAAAUUUAGAUUUUGAGACAGACAACGUCUCGUUCCAGGAAACUCAGCCUAAACUACUUGAUUUGAAAAACAACAACUUUACGUCGUUGAGCAUGCAAGGCGUAAAGGAACCUGAUGCAUUGAAGCUUUCUCGUUUCUUGGAAAUUUACGAGGUCAAUUUAGAGGGUAAUCCUCUCAUAUGCGAUUGUAGUAUAAUAGCUAUCAAGCGCAAGAUAGAACUCCUCUCUAAAAAUAAUCCUGGCUCGAAAAUGCGCUUCAGAUCUUGGAAAUGUGCUUGGCCCGAACAAAUGAGGGACAAAACCAUCCUUGAAACUAACGCAAAUGAUUUGAUUAAGCAAAAUGAACCGAAACAGUGCCCUGAGAAAUGCUCGUGUUUUGAGAGAUGUUCAGAUCAAACUGUUGUCAUUGAUUGCCAAGGAAGGAAACUCGACAUAAUGCCAAAAACACUGCCAAGUAGUGAUUCAAUUCAGCUCAACUUACGAAACAACUACAUCCGAGAUAUACCAAGACAUCCUUAUUUGAAAAACCUUACAGCUUUGUAUUUGACGCAUAACGAGAUCCAACGAUUAAAUGAAGUGGUAGUAGACAGCUUCGAAAGGAUCAGGAUUCUCCAUAUGGAUUCAAACAAUUUGACAACACUUCCUAGAAACAUCGAGAAUCUUUUUCUCGCUAAUCUUGCGUUACAUGAUAAUAAUUUUGAUUGUAAUUGUUCAACGAAGUGGAUGAAAAACUGGCUGCAGAAUCUUAACGAUAAUGGUCAGGUUGAGAGAGUCGAAAAUAUUCUUUGUAAGUCGGACAGUUCCAUGGAGGAGAAAGCAGUUUACAUAUUGCCUGACGAGAGAUUUGGCUGCAAUGGAACGGUGGGUCAGAGUGUUAGAUCAACUAACACUCCGAAUCCUACUUCCUCAGUCAUCACUAGUGCUGUCCUUGGAACUUUAUUGGCCAUAUCCAUAAUCAUUUCUAUUCUCGUGCAUGUUUACCGAAGAGAACUCAAAGCAAUCAUUAACACCCACCUAAACCGGUGGCCGUUUGGGGGCAAAAAUGACUCGGAUUCAACGAAGAUAUACGAUGCGUUUGUAUCCUACAGCGAAAAUGACCGCCACUGGGUUGUGAAUAUACUACAAGAACGACUAGAAAAACGUCAUCCAAUUUUUAAACUGUGCAUUCACCACCGGGACUUUGAAAUCGGUACACCAAUAGUCAAAAACAUUUUGAACAGCGUGGAAAAGAGUAACCGUAUGCUCAUAGUGUUAUCUCGCACCUUCUUACAGAGUGAGUGGUGUAUGUUAGAGUUUCGUACAGCGCACCACAAAGUGCUGGAGGAUCGCCUUAAACUGAUCGUUAUUCUGUUUGAUGAUGUGACUUUGGAUGAGCUGGAUGGAGAAAUAAAGCUGUACUUACGCACCAACACCUACCUCAGCAUCAAAGACAAAUGGUUCUGGGAGAAGUUGAUUCAUGCCAUGCAGAGUAACAAAAAAGAGAAAUUCCGGAAACCUCUCUUGUAAGCAGAAUAAUGUCCACAUAAUCACCCUGUCACUCCCGGGAGUGACGAAGAAAAAUACUUUUUACGUCAGAGUAACAAUACAUCAUAAGAAGGAAGAUGAUAAGAAGGAGAGAAACACAAUACAAGAUAUCGUUUGAGUUUACACCAAAUUCACAGAGCUGAAAUUGAAUACAUGUAUAUCAGACAGCGUAGAGAAUUAUAUUUACCUCUUUGGAGUGAAAGGGUUAACGAACUUUAUAUUUUUAAAGGAAAUCCAUCUCGUGGAUGUAUGUCUUUUUACGUUCUAUUGUAGGAGCAGUUAGCGUUUUAGGGGCUAAAACAUUGUCCCGUGUUUCUCAAACAGGGUUGACAGCCAUUCGAUUCAUUUGAGACUACCGGCUCAGUGAUUGUAUAAGUAAUAUCACAAUCACUUUCAAAACUGGCAUGACUCACUGCGUGAUAUUUUUUUACCCAAUAUUAAUAGAGGAAAGUACAUUUUCGAUUAGAAUGAAGUAUACGAUGGAAAAGUUAUGACCGUGCGCCAAACUGUACAGAACAACUUCAAAACAUCUGGCCCCGGUUGUUCGAAAGCCGAUUAGCGCUGACACACGAUUAAAUGUCUUUCGUUUGGCUUCCACUUUCAUGUGCAUUCUCACUUGCCGCCAUUUUAAUGUUUCCCUCCAAUUUUAUUUUUAGCGUGUAGCCGCGUAGCUCUUAAUAACCGGUUUGACUGGUUUAAUCUCAGCUUAAUCGUGGGAUGGUUAAUCAAAGGAUAAAUCUGCUUCCAGGAACGUUAUUUUACUCCAAGAUUAGCUAUCCUAGGGGUAAUAAAUUUAAUCGUCGAUUAACCUCUAAUUGAGGUAUAAUUUCAUCGGCUUUCGAACAACUGGGGCCUGCUUCUUAAAUGGCGGCAAGAGCUUCGAUUUAUUUGAACAUUUAUCUUAUAGUUCCCCUCAAAUUUGUGAUG